ACGGCGGCGUCGGACGGAGUGAAGCUGUGGGAUCUGCGUAAGCUCAAGAACUUCCGCACCUUCGCGCCCUUUGAGGCCAGCACGCCCACCAACAGCGUCCGCUUUGACUUCAGCGGCUCCUAUCUUGCCAUGGCUGGCUCAGACGUCCGUGUGAUUCAAGUGGGCACUGUGAAGCAGGAGUGGAACUCGAUAAAGACCAUCCCCGACCUCUCAGGCACAGGCAAGGUGACAUGUGCGGAGUUUGGUCCAGAUGCGUCGUACCUCGCAGUGGCGUCGAUGGACCGCAACCUGCGCAUCUUCGGCCUGCCCUCCUCGCAACCCGCUGCUGAUGGGGAUGGGGAUGCUCAUGCUGCUGCGCAGGAGAGCUGAGGGGUGGAAUAGGGUGGAGUAUUUGAAGAGGGUUGAUGAGGUGUGGAGAGAGAUCAGAGGCGAUGGCUGUCAUGAAGGGAAGCAUGGAGGAACCGUGGAGUGGGUGUGUGUGGUGGUGGUUGGGGAGAAGGGGAGGGGGAGCGGGGAGGGGGGCAGAGGUGGCUGGAUGAGACUUAUUUUCCCUUGAGAAGGGACUCGGGAAUUGGUAUCGCCACCGGCAUCGGCACUGGCACUGGCUCUGGCUCUGGCAUGGAAUCAGCUUUUGAGGCCCCUCAUAAGCACUGGUUCUGGCUCUGGCACGGAAUCAGGAGGGAAUCAGGGUGACCAUUGGCCAUCUCUCAUCACAGAAAUGCUGCAUGAACCUGGCGUCUUGUGCCCGAGUCUUGAGGCCCGAUCCGAUUUCUGGAUUCACAUUUUCUGUCUGCCCUUGUUCCGCCCACCUCUUCGUUGUGCGUCACUUCGCUGCAGCAGCAGUGCUGCUGCAGGGAUAAUGGGUAGGUGGAAAGGUGGAGCAGGUCAGGGAGCAAUUUCGAGUUGCGGAGGGUUGAAGGGGGACUGGCAUGGCAAUGUCUUGGAUUCUGUGAUGGUCUUAACAGUCCAUUGCUGUCUGUCUCUGUCACUCCCUUGCUGUCUUGAAUUGGGGGGCAACUUUUGUUCCGUUCUAAUCUUCUGUGCUGUGGUAGACAAUAUGUUAGGGUAACUGCUCUGUGACUGGUCGUUCUUAGGACAUUAUAGCGUUGUAACAAUGACAUAGA